AGAUAGUGGAACAGUCAUCCUUAACCCUAAAGUCACAUUAAAAUUACCUGUGUAGAUUUAAAAAGAAAAGAUUAUGUGUAGCCUCCAGUGUAGACCAAUUUCCAGUCAGAACUUGGGGUGGAAUCAGGGUAUCGCUAUUUUUUAAAGCUUCCUUUGAGACUCUUAAUGUUCAGGCAGAGUUGAGGACCACUAGAAUAUAUAUAUGAAGUAUAAUCCUUAGGAUUCUGGUAUCAAGAAUACAUAAUAGGGACACACUUUCUCUAGAGUAAAAAUAUUUUCCAAGAAUUAGAAUAUCAGUGUUUCAGACAAAUCAUCUUUUGCUUUAGGAAUAGCAGAUUGAACCAAUCAUUUGCUCCUCUCAAAGUACUUCUCCCUUUAAGAGGUGUAGGUACUGGAGACAAAAAAUUUAAACUAUUUCAAGAAAUUCACAAAGGAAAGACCCCAAAUUUCACAUUUACUGGAAGGUUUCUUUCAGUGGGAUCACUUUCUUAAGAGUUCUUAAGUUUACUAAUGCUGGAUGAAAACCACUUCACGUUUUCACUUCAUUCAUUAGGGAAAUAACCAUAGGCCUUCCUGUAUCACUUUGGGAGGACUUUUCCUUCCUAGGACCUCUGUGAUGCGUUUACCUAGAAACAGCUUCUUUGAUGUGCAAACAUUCUACUGGCAAAUUGUGCAAGGCAGCCACUCCUAUAGGACAGUUCAGGUUUCUUCUGGCUUGUUUUGAUCCACCUGUUGUGGUUCCGACCAAGAACCCAGUGAUGUACAACAAAAGGGCAGCUGACCCAGUCCAUCCUGACCUUACUGGUUUGUUGGUGAAAAACAAGAAUCUUUUAGCUGAGCUAAGAAAUCUUCAAAACAAGCUCUUCAUAAAAGAAACAUCAUUGCAAGAGAUGAAGAAUGUGCUAGAAAGUUAUAAAGAAAAUAAUGUGCAACAGUCUUUCCAGAUAAUGUCCCUGAAAGAUGAUAUCAAGGAUCUAGAGGAACUUAUUGCUUCUCUAACCAGAAUUAAAUCUUUGAAAAACACCAAUAUUCAGAAUCUUGAAAGAGGCAACUGGGAUCUAACUGAAAGAAUUAUAGAACUAGAAAACAAUCUAAGAGUACAUCUGUUUGAAAGAGAAAAGGCAGAACGAAAAGCAGGCCUUUUGGAGAAAAAGUUAGCAGGUACCGAUGGAUUCAUCCCUUACAUGAAUAUGAAAGGACAAGACGAUUCUUUGGUUAGCUUCAUGAUGAAGGAUAAAGGUGAAGAUAUCCUGACCAAGAACUCUGAAAGAGACAUUUUUCAUUCUGAAGGACCAAAAGAUGGGCAGAAAAUUUGGGAUAAGUGUCAAGAAGAUUCAAUCCAUAAGGAAAAACAAAAAUAUGAGUUGGACAGACCUCCACAUUCAUUCAGCUGGGAAACCAAAAGUGCACGAUCCCACUACCAGAAAUUCCUCAGUCAGUUGGCUACUCUUCUGAGCAACAAUGUUGUCCAGAUACCAGCUACCGAGGAGGCUGUGAAAGAGAAGAUUCAGGAAAUUGGUGCAAAAGAACAAUCUUGGAAGUCUAGGACCGAAGGCCUGCAGCAGGAAGUUCUGACGCUCACUCAGCGCCUGGAGCAGCUGCAGCGUCACUCUGAAGAAGCCGCUGGAGAAUCAUCCCCAAUGCAAGACAGGUGUAGGGAACAAAAAAGACCUUGGAAACAUCUGGAAAGAAAAACUGCUGUUAAUGACUUUUUUCAAGAGAGUUUAGCCUUGGACAGGAAUAAAGGAAACUCUGGGACUAAGAAUUUGUGGACAGAUGAGCAUGGCAAGAUGUCCAAACAGCUCGAGAAAGAUAAUGAGCAAAAAACAUUAUUGAAUAUUCAGCAGAAUUUACAGAUUGCUACAACUCAGAGACUAGAGGGGAAAAUUCAGAAACUUCAGAAACAGCUCAGUGAUUUGAAAUUGUCAAAUAAAAGUAUGAAAAUUCAACUUACAAGAGUGAAUGUCCUUAAAGACAAAACAAUUGAAAAGCUCAGGCAAUCUUUAACACAAGUUGAAGCAAUGAAAGGGAAAGCAGUUAUGAAAACAGACAAUUUGAAAACUACAUUACACUCUGCCAAGCCAAAGGCAAGAGGGGACAAAGAGAAGGUCCAUCAGCUGUUAGAUGCUGUCACUUCUGAGCCCUGCACAGCAAAGAGCACAGUUGAUAAAGUACCAGGACAACAACAAGAGCAUUCUGAUUUUCGAGAAACUAUUAUGAAGAUGUUGGGAUUUAACAUGAAAACAGCUGACAAGGAAAUCAUCAAUCACCUAAGGCUUAUUAUACAAGAUUAUGAAGCAUCUAACAAAUCAAAGAUUGCUUCUGAUUGUGAGACUGGACAGGAUAAUGAAUAAAAAAGUUCUUUCUUCCUUGCUGCCAACAAGAGCACAGAAGAUAUAGGUAUCUCCUCCACCAUCUUGAAUUGGCUACAUAAUGAAUAAAAUGCAUUGGGAAUUUUUCACUUGAAAAAUUCUCUUCUUUGAUAUUUGGCAGUUAACUUUUCUUU